AUGGAUGCUGAUGGACCUUCAGGUUUUAGAAAUGCACCUGUAACCAAGUUUUUAGUACCUGUAGUAGGCAGCUGCUCAGCUCUAGCCAUUGCAUGCAACCUCAAGCCUCACAUGGCACUUCAACUAUCUCAUCUUGGCAUCGAAAACGGACAGGUGUGGAGAUUGUUCACGUCGCAUUGGGCUUUUAGUAGUAUUGGAACAACCGUUGUUGGCACAUGGUUGAUCUAUAAGAUGAAGGUUGUUGAGAGACGCUAUGGAAGUGCUCGAUAUGCUGCUUUGGUGUUUAUUUCGUUUGUCGCGUCUACAUUACUACAAACAAGCGUAUUAGCGGUGAGUUCAAGAUAUGGAUUCAAGUCAAUUGCCAGUGGACCAUACGCUAUUUUAUUCUCCAUUUUAUAUCAAUAUCAAAAAAUAAUUCCUGCUAGCUAUCAAGUCAGCAUGCUCGGUGCAACUCUAAGUGACAAAAUCUACGUUUACGCUGCUGCAGCACAGUUCUUGCUCUCCAAUUCAUCAUCCUCCAUCAUUCCAUCGAUGUGUGGAUUAGCAGUAGGCGCUUUAUACGACAUGACAGAUUCAAUCAAGCAAUGGCGUUUCCCUAAAUGGACUCGAUCUUUUACUACUAAAUACAUUCUACCUGUAUUAGCCACAAACAACAAAAAGAAAUCCUCUACAUUGACUAGAACACCUGGUAUUGCUCAGUCAUCUACUACCACCGCCUCCUCCUCGUCAUCCGCAACGAGACAAAGACAUGUGCCUUCAUCACGCCUUCCUCCACCACCGCCAACUCCACCUAUCAAGGAAGAAGACAUUGAUACCAUGUUUGCCAUGUUUCCCAACUACUCAAGACAAGAUAUCAAAAACGCUUUAGUCUCCUCCAAAUCCGACUUGAAUCGAGCAGCAGAAAUCCUGCUGACAACAGAGCCAAGUGCAGGUAGUAGCGGCAGUAACAACAGUAGUCAAUAA